AUGGCGUCUCCAACAAAUGAGGAAGUUUCCCAUUUUAUAGGAUAUAUUGUAAAAACAGCUACAAGAGACGAAACACGCCUCAAAGAGGAUGUCAUUGAGUUGUGCGAGAAAGUUCUUUUGCCCCUGUGCAAGGAGGUGAAUGGUAGAGUUGAAAAUAAACAAUUCGUUACAGAAAGACUAGAAUUCCUGACAAAGCGUUUCACCGAUAUUUACUGGACCCUUAGAUUACACCUUGUAUUCUACCAUGGUUUGAAGAAGGCCAAUGAAGUAAAGGAACUCCAGGAACUUGGCCAUCUACUUAGAUUGUCAGAAUAUGACCUUAAGAAGAAAUGUCCAGGCGCGGAUUAUGCAGUCGACCCGGGAAGCAAACUCUUGGAUAUCGUAAGUAUAGGUUAAUUCACUGAGGCUAUGUUUACACUAUACUACCUGGAUAGCUCUUUGGGCAGACACAAAAUACCAUCUGGUAUAGUAUGAACAGCAAUGGCACAGAACUGAAAAAGUUGUUCAGACACAUCAAACAUCAUGCCGGAGUGGUUGGCCAAUAGAGUUUGGUGAGCUAAAUCCCAGUAGUCAAAAUCACUAUUCUUAUGUGUGAACAAGAGCCCUAUUAGAUAUGGUGUUCAAGAGGUAUCCGACGCAAGAGGUAUCCAGUAGAGUGUGAACACAGCCUUAAGCUCACUGAGAAACUACCUGAGCUCAAUUGAUAACUUUAAACCAGGAUGAGCAAAGGAUUAAAAUCCAAACAGCAAGGUGCUUCAGAAAAGGCCCUGAACUAAGCUAGGUGAUAAAGCCAAUAUCAUAAAUAGUAUGCUGCCUCUCAGUUGUUGUUAUUGAUUGCACUCCUCAUAAACUGGUGGAUGCCAAUUACCAUAUUUUUCACGUAAACCUUGAAGCAUUGUCUUGAAUUAGCCUGUGUACAACUGCCCCCUCCCCUCAGUCAAAAUCAGGGAGAGAGAUGUCUAAUUCACACUGCUGUUAACCAUCCUCCUGAUUAAUUUGCAUAAAUUAAUUGUUUAAAUAAUCCUCUGACAGUUUUAAAAAGUGUUGACAGGGCAACACAACUCUUGUAUAAAACAUGUGCAGGUAUUUUCAGCCUUACAGCUUGGCUCUAACUGGAAUGUCUUAGGUAAUUGUCAUUUACUCUUUAUAACAAGUAUAUUAUUCUUUGGAGGUUUCUAACACAUAUAGCCUGUUCCAGGUGUUCAGAUCGUGGAGACGGCGCAAAGGGACGUGAGCAGACAAAAAAAAGCGAAAGGGUGGGGUAGGGGGUGAGAGCGAGGAAAUGCCUGUGGUACUUUUUAACAAAAGUUCAUUCAGGUAUACCAGAUUCUAGUAUACCCUAUGAUUGGUUUAUUUUCACAGCUCUUGUCAGCAUUUAGAAGUUCAUUACCUUGAUUGGAAAUGUGGUGUGCUAGCAAUGAGAUUACACAUCAGGUUAUCUUGAAAGCGUGGUGAAGUGAUUUGAAAUAAGCAACACAGUUUUAAUGUGGAAUGUCAUCCCUGAAGAACAGGAAAAAUCAUUUUGAGGCAGGAUCUUGUCAACAGAAAGCAAGGCUUUGAAAUUUUACCAUUCUUCAGGAAUAUUAAAUACGCGCAUGAACCUUCUAUUGAUAUUGAGCCUUUGUUUAGCCUGUGAAUACAGCCAUUUCUCCUUGCUCCUCACUGCUAGGGACGUUGCCCCUUAUUGGGCUACUCAAGUAUAGCAGUUUAGCAGAGUUGGAGUUGCUACAACAGUCGGGAAGCAUGGACAAAUUGGAUGUGAAUUCAGAAGAGAACAAAACCAGUUUCUUUAGCCCUGAAAUUCCUGAAAGCUGGCUGUCAAAACAUUCACCUGGAUAUUUUAAGAGCCGAUUUUGUGAAAAGAAACAAAAAGGCUAGCCUCAGGACAUGCUUUCAAGACUUCUUUUCACUUUAAUAACACGAUUUCCAAAGCUACGCGUGGAAGCAUUUAAUGACAAACAAAUUCAAAUAGCAUUUCAAUAAUGACAAAAAAAACGACGGCAGCCUCUAGUCUAUGAUCUGCUGAGUGAAAAUUACCGACAGAGGAAGUGGAACAAGUGUUGCUUGCCAGUUCUUUCAUUUUUAAGGGAGUUAAGGGAUAUGUUCGUUUGCAGAAAACAAAAAUAAAAGAUUUUAUUCUGAAUACAUACAUAUUUUUUAAAAAUAAGUCAGUCUAAAAGCGGGGUUUGUCGUCCGUUGCUUGAUUGACAACUUUUAACACCGGAAAAUAAGGUCAGAUUACUAGCCGACAAAGUGGGCAGAAUGAGAAAUCUCACAGGCUUUCCCUCCCCUCCUCCUCCUUAUUAUUUUCCUGCUCUGUUACUUUGAGCUGCACUCCACUAUCCGAACGCCUGGAAUAUAACACAUAAUGUUAUUCUGUCUUACAUUGGGAGGUCAUGAAGCCAGGUUUGUUUCCUGUUCAUUGAUUUCCUGUGACAUUUUGUUCUGAGAGAAUUUUGACCUUGGAAGCAGUUCAAAUUUCAGGAGUUGAUCCAUCGGAUGAUUUUGAUUAACGUUUCACAUGAAAACCAUUCACUCCUCUUCAGUUAGAAAUUAGAGCUCUUUUCUUUAAUUAUAUGAGUACAUGUAGGAAUAUAUUAAAUUCUGUGCUGAAUCCAGAUAUAAGAUCUCUGAUUUAGCAUGGAAUUCUGUAUGUCUUUCAACAAACUUCUAGUCUCUUUUCUUUACUUCUUUAACCACACCACAGAGAACAUUUGCACUCGCAAUCACUGCAGCAAACAUCAGUGAUCUCACUUUACAUUUUUAUUUCCAGAAAGCUGAAAUACAAAUAUAUGUUGAACUGUUUUGGUAAGCUGUCCACAAACACUAAGAUUUUCCCCAGGGAAUUCUGAGAUUCAUUUACCAAUCACAACACCAAAAUAACUUAUGUCACAGCAUUAACAUUACAGCCAAUCAGAGGUUCCUGACAUUCUGGUGAAACCAGAGCAUGAUUAAAAGUGGUGUUUUACUCUCCCAAAUUUUGUUUGAGGUGAGGGGGUGCUUGUACAUGGGUUAGAGUUGAAAAGACUUGCUCCUACAAAUAAAUUGUUGCCUGCAAUUCCUGGUGUUGCCUCUUUACAGAGAUGCCAGCCUCUAAAGAUUCUAAAUUCUAGAGACUGUCUCUUUUGCAUUACCCCUUCCCCUUACCCCCAAUAAAUACAGAUCAACCCAGUCCCCAUGGGUGUAGCUUAGGACAUUACACAAAGUCUUACAUGAAGAAGGAAACAUCAAAAUUAGCAUUCACAGAAUUUAAAGAGUUUAUUCUUUUCCACAUGGCAGGCUGAUUGCAUAUAUAUGCAAUGAGCAUAGCUAUCUGUUUUCUCCAUCUUAAAGUUGCCUUGAUUAUGAAAAACCCAGAUCAUUGUAAAUGGCAAAAUUGAAGACAUAAUUCACUCUUACUAAUACUUCUGUGCCACUGAUUAACUGACCCAUUCACCCCUGGAGAUUUUGCCGAAAAAUGCAUUUUGAAGCUAGUCCUGCGGUUUUCUGGUCACUAUCAUGCUAUAAAAAUCUUCUGAUCUUCUUCCUUCUGAUCCAGAUGCAGAAUAUUAACUUGUGAAGUUCAGGCAUGUGCAGAAAGCAAAAAUUUCGAGAUUUUGGGUUUAAAAGUAACACAGCAGUCUCGACUUUUACUUUUCACUUUCUCUCCUCCUCUCUUUUUUUGCAUUUCUAGCCUCAUUUUUUUUCUCUUGCUGGGCAUUUAGUAGGCUUCAUGUUGGUGGGAAAAGUUUUUAGGAAAGCUUUUAGGAUCUUAGGAUUAGAUGAAGGAAAGGUAGGUAGGUAGUGGAACAAGAUUUUCGUAGAAAAUUUCAGGUCAAUGGUACAUGGUUUUUUGCCUUUUUCUCUGGUGUCCUUGACUGAAUUUUGCUCAUUCUGGUAUGGUUUGAAAGAUCUCUUCGCUCUGCACAAGUUAGCGGACAAAGUUAUCGUUGACAAUCAAAACUGAUGACGUCACAAGCGGUAGAAAGGACAUGGAUCCGUACGGGCGGUUAUGGGCGGCUCAGGGGCAAAUGGGUUAAGGCCUCAGGUCAUAGUGAUCUUACUGCAUGUACUGCCAGCUCUCCCAGAUACAGUGUGAUUUUGUUAUUAAUUACCCUCUCACAUUCCCUAAAAAAUGAUAAUGGCAGAAAUUAAGUCGCAUAUAGGUGUUCAUACUAUACCACUCCUGUCGGCACGAAAAGCUACAGUAAAAAAAAAAAAAUACGUCACUCGACCCAGGUAACUUUCUACACGGCCGUUCUGACCAAAGCUGCUCAAAAUAGUAAAUUUUGUACUUUUCAACCGGGCAUAGAGACCGCUGGUUUUAUCCAAUUCACGCAAAUUGUAUCUCAUUUCUAAAACUGAAAGCGUGUAGAAUUCGUCAAAAUUUUAUAACAUUAGGAGUGACAUGCACUCUAAUACCCAAGCUAUAGAAACUAACUACUGAUGAAGCGUAUUAGAAAAAGAACUUCCCAAUUUAUAGAAUUUGAUUAAAAUUUAUCAUGUCUACAAAAGUAACUGGUCAAAGGGCUAUUACGAGCAUACUUUUGCUAACCCAGCGUGAAGAUUCACUAGUCCCGGGCUAGUGAACUCCCGUUAGUGUCGAGCACUAAGCUGUUCGGUAUAAUGUAAACAUAGCCUUAUAUACUUGGCUUAAGGUGUUGUUAAGCUCUUUAAGUAGUGAAAAUUGGCAAGCAAUCACUCUUUGCAAUCACACAUUUUGCUAUUCUUACUCAUAAGAUUUAAAAAGGUGUCCUCUUUAGUUUAAAGCCACAGCUUAAAAGUUAGUUGAUGAUUUUUUAAUUUUUUUUGAUAAACUUUAAAAAGAUAUUUUUGGACUUAUCAAAAAACAAUCGUUUCAACUGUCAUCUCCAAGUUGAAUUCAAAACAUGUACAUGCUGUGCUUAAGAACUUACCAAUAAGUCAAGUGACAAUGACGAUGACAGUGAAAUUGACUAUUUUCCAAUUCCCCAUAAUACACUCUGUCUGCCCCCCCAAAUUUUGCAUAACUUAUUGUCUUAAAAUGCUCUUGGGAAAAUGCAAUACUCCCAGGAGCAUUUAAAAACAAUGGUUUAUGCAAAAUUUGGGGGGCAAACAGAGUGUAUUAUGGAGAAUUGGAAAAUAGAGAAUAAAGUCAAUGAAAAAGGAGCCGAGGGUAGGUCAAAGAAGAAAAUAUAUUUCAAACCAAGUGGUCAAAAAAUGUUCAAAUACCUUAGGCCCACUUUCUUAAAAUAGCGUACUCUGAAAUUUCAGAAAGGUCUUAUGGGGAUCUCAUUGGUCUAUUCCUAGAAUAAACCCAGGAUCAGUAGACUCUACUAUAUAUGGUUAUAAUGUGGCCAGUUUGAAACCCGCUGCAUGUUGCAUUGUAGAGCACAAAAUCAUCUGAAUGUUGCACAUGCCUAUGGGGUUAUCUUAAAGCAAGGCAUUGUGGCUGAGCAGUUAGUGCACUCGACUUUCAUUUCGAAGGCCCUUAGUUCAAGUCCCAUCCUGACCACUGGCCGGAUUUGUUCUUGACCAUCCUGAGUUCAAAUAUUCGGCCAUGCUUGUAGAUUGAGCCAACUGGUUUGCCUCCUACUGGGAGUCUUAACCCUGUAAUGUUUAAUUUGAAAAGCCCCUUGCGGGGAGAGGAUAAUUAAGUAUUAUAUUUUUAAUUUUAAUUUAAUUUUUACAUAAUUAUUAAAUUGAUAAAAAUUGUCUUCCCAAUUCAAUAAUAAAAUUGUAGAUGUAAUCAUAAGGCAUGAGUUACUCUACUGAAUGUGUUCCUCCAUACAUACUCAUGCAGAAGUUUUGUUGGCUUAAACGCUUUACUCCCUCUGGAAUUCAAGUUGCCUAUAAGACCUUCCCCCCCCCCCGCCCCCCUUAGAAUUUCCAAUGACCCUCUAUCUGUGUUUGUUUUGACUUGUCAAAAGAUUUAAUUAAGAUUGUAGAAUAUCAGCUGUCAAUUUGAUACCUGUUAACCAGGCGUAUGAAUCAAUCUUUGUCCAUUGUACCUUUAGUUCUGUGAACCUUGUACCAAGCAAUCAUUCUGUAAUCGAGCGAGCAGUCUUUCUUGAGUCUUUCCUGCGAGCACAACAUGGGUACACGCUCACGAAAAUCCAAGAUGCCCAUAUCCGACGAUUACCUCACAGGCCCAACUCUCGCAAAUCUGUCGGGCUACCUCGAGGAUCCUUUUCCAUCUCUACCUCGCGCAACAGCUGAUCAACAAAAGUCCCAAAGCACGAAGCCAGGGAAAAGCACACAACAAGAGACAACGACCCCAGCAGCACAGCAACCUUUGUCACUAGAUAAGCAGAUCCAACUGGAGCAAUUGAAGCACAGCAAUCUACAGUUGCAGUUGGAGCUUACGAGGGCGCAGUUAGAGCUGGCGAAGCUAAGCCCAAACGUUAUACCCUCGCAAGCUAUCAGUUCGAUGAAGCCAGAAGUGCUGUCACCUCUUGACAAUAUUCUUGCCUCCACGCCUUUUAGACCACCAUCCCAAGAAGUAUUUGCAGAGGGUGGCAGUGUCCCAACUCUCAAACAUUUGCGGACUAAAGACAAAAAAGAGCGCAAACAUCUUUCCUUAUUGCCUAAUGAUUACCUUUUCUCCGCAAAAGGUAAGAUAGACUACGACAACCUUGAGAUUUCGGAGUUUGUGGGUGGCUUUCUCGAAUUCUUAAAUAGUCAGUCAGAGUUCGCGCAACAGCGCUAUUUAGCGUACCUCAAACUGCUCAUGGAAAGUGCUGCCACAUAUUCAUGGAACAGCGUACGGAAUUUCUACUUCUCCAUCAAUACAGCGGUAGAAGCCGGACGUUUGUCUCUCCAGCAAUUUGACCAGAUAAAGGAUCGGGCACAAACCUUCUUCACCCACGCCGAUCUGCCUUCAGCACCGACCACUCCUCGUGUUUCAACCACAUCUUCUCAAGCGCGCUACAGCAAGAAAGAUACCUAUUGCAAAGAGUGGAAUUACACAGGCAAGUGUAUAAACUGCUCACCGACAGAAGCGACAUACAAGGGCAUUCACCGUUGCCGUGUUUGCGAUGCACGUCACGCAAUGUUACAAUGUGCAAAAUGUCGCUUCCCAAUUCCUAACACUUUCAGCGGCACGCCUAAAUCAGAAGACAAACACCGACUAGACAAUGCCAUUGCUUUGGCGAAUGCCGUCAGAGCCGUGCAUGCCCCUAAUUUUUCAGGUGCACGAAUUCCCAUCCAGACUAACUUCAAUUUAGCAAAGUUUGAAUUUUACCUCGAACAUUACCAAGAUAGAAUUAUUAUUGAUUUUCUUCGUUACGGCUGGCCGAUUAAUUACGUGGGGUCUCUUUUCUAAUCAUCCUUCUGCCGCCAAAAACAGCGUUUUCCUGAGAUCUUAUGUCCAUAAAGAGCUUGUUCAUCGUUCUAUUUGCGGACCUUUCACAUCUAACCCCUUUGACACUGAUUGUGUCAUCUCACCGCUUCUGUGCGUUCCAAAGCGUGACUCCGACGAACUCAGAGUCGUUCACGAUUUAAGUUUUCCUGAGGGUUUCUCUGUCAACGAUGGGAUCGCCAAAGACUCCUAUAUGGGGUGACUAUGAACAUUCUCUGAAACCGCACAAUAGACUGUGGCAAGAAUAUGAUAAGUUACUGUGCAAGGCGGAAAACCUUGAACACUAAAAAAUAUCUCUGGCUUGUUGCUAGUAUCUUGCAGAAAAAAAUCGCAAGCAUCAACCGUAAUUUAUAUAUAUGAUUUUUGUAUACAGCAAUCAUGCUUACUUCUGCCCUGAAAGUGAACAACUGUCUCAGACUUUUACUUUUUAUUUUUCAGCUUGGCUAUAUUGAAGAAAACCGCCAGAACGGUUCUGCUAGUGGCAGUGAAGAUCAUGCAAAUUCUUUGAUGAAGCAAGCGCAAUUUUGGUUCAAACAACUUCAUCAUAAAAACAGAUUUAGGCCGAAGGUUUUGGCGAAGGUUUCACACGGUGGUAAAUGCUUUGUAGGAGCCUCAAUAGCUGUAAAUGAUUUUUUAAGGCCUCUUUGCUUGUAUAAGAGAAUCUCUCAAUUUAAAUGGAGCUUCAAGAAGGCAAUAGUGCAUUCCCGGUCUCUUUAUACCACAGAUGAGAGGGACUGGAAGUCUUCUGCAUUUGAAAAAAAAGAGUAUACGGAGGAAAAAGCUCCUUGCCAAAAAUGUGUUCAAAUGUUUGAGAACUUACCGGGAUUUAUAGCCGAAGGGAAUGAGGGGCCUGCGCGCGAUUCUCGCAAAUCAAAUUUCGUGGGUAAUUGUGCUGAGUACUGCCCCGUCAACGAACUUCUUACAGAUGACAUGGGGACCUCAAAUGAGGAGAAACUAAGGAUAGAGACUACUUUGAAACAAUUUUGGGAUCAAUGUGCCACUCUCUUUUCUGAUUAUCAGUCCAUCUGUGAGAAAUGUGUGAAUGCUUAUCAGGCGACAGCUAAAAGACGCGAAAGACUAGCAGAAGCGUAUUGGCUAGUAAAACAUAAGAUGCUUAUUUUAGGUUUAAAAAAGUACAGUUUGUAA